GAAGAAACUAUCCGCAACAACGCAAUGGGCGAGACGGACGAUCGGAUUGCCCCACCCAGCACCACAUUUUCACAAGCGCUGUUUAGGCAGUGGUAUCGCUUGCGGUGGAAAAUGGCCUUCACGGACGAUAUUAUAAUCCCUGAGUUCGAAUCAAAUUCAUCUUGGCGGUGA